AUGGGCUUCAUAUCUCUCGAAAAUGCCGGAAUCUACAUUGCGCCAGGUGGAAUUGAGAAAAUCCCAACAGACACAAAUGGCGACUUCAGCUCAUUCCAAAUUGAGCAUCUUGCCUCAGAACGAAUGACCACUCCGACCGGCAUGAAAGAAGAGAUUGUGCUGUUGUCAUGGCUCAUUGUUCUGCUGCGCAGUCGCGAAGACAGCCAGAUAUCAUACGACUGGUCUUACAAAGAUCUCGCAAAUGGCGCUGAGCCCGAAUCAGUGACCAAACUAUCAAUGAACGAAGUAAUGAAAGGUUCAAAAAGUACCGUGGGAGAAGUUGCAACUGCGAUUUCUCCCAAUAUUACCACAGGAGCGUCAAGUCAUGAAUCCAUCGUUUUGAGCACCAGCUCUCUUUCGCGGACAUCUGAAGAAGCCAAAGAUGAAGGUCUCCUUCAUCUCGAAGUUCGCUUCAAUAAUGCUCACCUCGAGAUCCGCCCAUUGUGGCACACAGAGAACAUGUUGCCCUACACGGUAAAGCACCAUGUCGAGGCACUUGCCGAUACUGUCAGGCUAUGCCUCACGAAUUCCGAAGCGACCAUUGAAGAGUGCCUUCGCCCAACUGCAAGUGAUCUGAAUGAUAUAUGGGGGUGGAACCACGAGUUGCCUCCCACCUACAACUUUUGCAUGCAAGAUAUGGUCGCUGAAAGAGCUCGUGAAUACCCAGAUAAAAUUGCCAUUGAUUCUUGGGAUGGUAGCUUGACCUAUAGCCAAAUUGAUCAGUGGUCCACCUCUGUGGCAUGCUCGCUCAAAGAAUUGGGCGUUGAGCUGUACGAUGUCCUCCCCGUGUGCUUUGAGAAGUCCAGGUGGACGAUCAUCGCUGUGCUCGGAGUGAUGAAAGCAGGUGCAACCCUUGCGCUGAUGGAUCCAACUCUUCCGCUUGCCCGUCUUCAAAACAUGGCGGUGCAGGUCGGCGCAAAGUCGAUGGUUGCCUCCCGCAAGCAGUAUGAGCUAUCACUAAAGAUCAUGCCAACUGGAAACCACUUUGUCGUUGAAGAAGAGGCUUUCACAGACUCAGCAAACUCACCGUCAAUCUCCAAGUUACCCGCCGUACCAUCCUCCGCCCUUAUGUACAUAAUCUUCACCUCUGGCAGCACGGGAACUCCGAAGGGAGUGAAGAUUUCCCAUGAAACGUACACGAGCAGUGCUAUUCCUCGAGCAAAGGCAGUCGGAUACACGCCAGAGUCCAGGGUUCUUGAUUUCGCAUCCUACGCUUUCGAUGUAAGCAUUGACAGUAUGCUUUUAACACUCGGAAACGGUGGCUGUCUUUGUAUUCCAUCUGAUGAGGAUCGGCUGAAUGAUAUCAACGAAGUUAUCCGCAAAAUGCGAAUUAACUACGCAGGUCUGACACCCUCAGUGGGCCGAAUUCUUGAUGCGGAUGUCAUCGCAUCGCUCAGCGGUCUCGGUCUGGGAGGGGAAGCAGUCUCGGCAAGAGACGCUAAUCAUUGGGGCAAAGAAACUAGAAUCAUCAUUGGCUACGGUCCCUGUGAAUGCACUAUUGGGUGUACAGUCAACUCCAGCGCUGCUACUGGCAGAGAUUACCUCUCCAUUGGCCCAGGCAACGGCGCAGCCAUGUGGAUUGCCAAUCCAAACGACCACAACGAGCUUGUGCCAGUCGGUACUGUAGGCGAGCUGCUCGUUGAGGGCCCGAUAGUCGGACAGGGCUACCUGAAUGACCCCGAGAAGACUGCUGCUGCUUUCAUUACAGAUCCACCUUGGUUGGUCGCGGGCUACAAAGAGCAUGCUGGUCGUCGCGGCCGUCUGUACAAGACUGGAGAUCUUGGAAGAUAUGACCCCGACGGUCUUGGGGGCAUCGUUUUUGUUGGACGAAAGGAUACUCAAGUCAAGUUGCGCGGACAGCGUGUUGAAUUGGGCGAAAUCGAGAGUCAGCUGAAGGCUGUUCUGCCCUCGGAAGCUAAUGUCAUUGCUGAGGUGAUUACACCCAAGGAUCAUGGAGGCCAGCCAAUGCUCGUCGCAUUCGUUGCAUUCCAACCAAAGGGACAUGGACAGGCCGGGCUUGCCUUAGAUGAGAUCUCAAGCGAGUUGAGCAGCAUAUUGACCAAGGCCAAUGCGGAGGUGGCAAAAACUUUGCCGCGAUACAUGGUGCCGACAACUUAUAUUCCAGUCAAUCUUAUGCCAGUGUUGAUUUCAGGCAAGACUGAUCGCAAACAACUCCGAGCAUUCGGUGCGACCGUUGAUUUGCGCCAGCUCGACCAAGGAGCCGCAAGCACCGCUUCCCGGGAAUUGAAUGAGCUUGAAAAGCGCUUGCGACAGGCUUGGGCUGGGACACUCAAACUCGAAGUAGAAGCCAUUCGGCCCGAUGACAACUUCUUUGCAUUGGGUGGCGACUCCUUGGCAGCUAUGAGACUUGUGUCUGUCUGCAGGGCGCAAGAUCUCGAUCUUUCUGUUAUCAGCACUUUUGGAAACCCUACCCUCUCGGCCAUGGCCACUGUCGUUCAGCCUUGCACCUCUCAAGUACAUAAAGAGAUUCCGGCAUAUUCUUUGAUAUCUCAAUCUGUCGAGAGCGCCCGCCUCGAAGCAGCACAAGCGUGUGGGGUGGAUCAAGCAGAUGUGCAAGAUAUCUACCUUUGCACACCCACACAAGAGUCGUUGUUCACAUUCUCACUCAAAUCGGCAGAGGCAUACACUGCUCAGAGAGUAGCGUGCAUUCCGUCGCUUAUCAGCCUGGAUGCUUGGAAAAAGGCUUGGGAAACUGUCGUUUCAGCAAGCCCUAUUCUGCGAUCUCGUCUGGCACCACUCCAAGACCCAGGCCUUCAGCAAAUUGUUGUGAAAGAAGGAAUCUCCUGGAGGUACUCCACAGAUUUAGAUCAAUAUCUCGAGAAUGACCGAUGCGAGAGGAUGAACCUUGGGCAAAGUCUGGCUCGAUACGGUCUUGUCAGCAACGCAAACGACGACAAGCGGUAUAUGAUCUGGACUGUCCACCACGUUCUCUACGACGGAUGGUCAGAGCCAAUCGUUCUCAAGCAAGUUAGUGAUGCCCUGCAGAACCAGUCUGUCGAGAUCCAGACCCAGAUGCGGAACUUUGUCAAGUACGUACGCGAUACAGACGAGACAGCCAUGCAAGACUUCUGGCGACGAGAGUUGAAGGGUGCUGUCGGGCCUCAGUUCCCCCGCCUACCCUCUCGCGACUUCAUGCCAACUCCUGAUGGCCUGAUCGAGCACCAGAUUGCUCUCGAGAUGGGUGCUGGAUCACCUUUCACGAUAGCCACAUUGGUCCGCGGUGCAUGGGCCCUCGUUGCAUCCCAAUACACUGGAAGCGACGAUAUCGUGUUUGGUGAGACACUCACUGGUCGUGAUAUUCCACUCCCGGGAGUGGAGAGUAUUGUCGGACCACUGAUCGCAACUAUCCCCAUCCGCGUCCAGGUCCGCCGGUCAAGCUCAGUCGAAUCGUACUUGCAGACAAUACAGCAAACAGUCUUGGCACGUACACCCUACCAACACAUGGGCAUGCAGAACAUCAGAAAGGUCAGCCAAGAUGCGCAGUAUGCAUGCGAAGCCGGCACCGGACUGGUCAUUCAGCUCGACCCGGAAUACGUGGGUAGCGAGCUUGGAUUUACAUUUGGAGACGUUGUCCAUGAAGCGCUUCAUUUCAAUCCUUACCCGCUCAUGGUGGGCUUUGGAAUCCGCAAAGGUGGUCUCAGAGUUUGUGCCAGUUUCGACAGCAGCAUUAUCGAGUGUUCGCAGAUGCAGCGGAUCCUUGCGCAGUUGGAAACCGCUUGCGUGCAGUUGUCCAAGGGUCUUGACAAGCGCAUUGGUGAGAUAUCUUGCCUUCCUGAGACAGAAGUGAACCAAAUUUGGCAAUGGAACCAAACUCCUUCUCUUUUCGUGGAUGAGAUGUCUGGCAACCUUCGCGCCCAUGCGAGCACCAAACCAGGAUCAGUCUAUCCUCGGACUCUGGUUCCUUGGGUGUGUGAUUCUCACAACCCAAAUUUGCUGUCCCCCAUCGGUAGUGUUGGCGAGCUCUGGCUUGAGGGACAUUUCCUCUCUGGAGAAAUAUUCGAGUCCCCUGCCUGGCUCGUGGCCGGAAGCUCUGGAUAUGUUGGCCGAUCAGGAAAGGUGCAGCCUACAGGUGAUUUGGUCCAGCUUCAGGAUGAUGGAAGUCUGAUAUUUGUUGGCCGCAAGGAGAAUGUCGUACCUCUUCAAGGACAUGGAGUGGAUAUUGCAGAGCUCGAGUCUCAUUUUGAAAAACACCUCCCAUCAGGAACCCGUGGCGCUGCAUCUGUGUUCCGGCCUCUAAGAGAAGGCGCCCAAGAAGUGACAGAGCAAGAGCUGGCUGUCUUCAUCGAGAACCAUCCUUCUGGUGAAGCCAGCGUGAGAGUCAUGCCGGCGAAAUACGAGAUGAUCGGCGACGAGACGACUGUCUGCAACACUAUUUCCGUAACACUUGCUCUGUCAUUGAAGAAGCUCGACAAAUUUAUCCGAGACUCAUUGCCAUCCUACAUGGCCCCCUCUGCCUACGUUGUAGUUGAGAAGUUGCCUGCUGGUUUGGAGCAACUUGACCACACGGCCCUCAACCAAUUGGCUUCAAAGAUCCCUCAAGGUGUCCUCGAACAGCUGCGGGAAGGCUUCAAAGAGGCAUGGACGAAGGGCUUGGCACAGGCAAACCUCUCACCGGCAGAGAAGAUCCUACAAUCUGCUUGGGCUCAGAUCCUCUGUCUGAGCCCGGAGCAGAUUGACGUCGAUGACAACUUCUUCCGCCUUGGAGGUGACUCUGUCUUGGCAAUGAAAUUGGUGUCUAGUCUGCGCACACAGGGACACAGUUUAUCUGUAGCCGAUAUCUUCCAGCACAUGCGUCUUGGUGAUGCAGCCAAGGUGCUGAAGGUGGACCAAGCAAAGGAAUUCGCCCAGCCAUACAAGUCCUUCUCUGCGCUAAGCAAUCUAGAUAUCAAGAUGUUCUUGGCCUCCACUGUUCGGCCCAAACUUUCCAACCCAGGCUGGCCCAUCCUGGACGUGUCUCCAAUCACAGAUACCCAAGCGCUCGACAUCAGAGGAACCAUUGGGGUGCCACGCACUUCCAUCCAAUACAACAUGCUUUACUUCGACCGAUGCAUUGAUCAAAAGCAACUACUAACCGCCUGCAAUGAUCUGGUCAAGACUCACGAUAUUCUGCGCACUGUCUUCAUCGAGCAUGAAUCGUCCUUCCUUCAAGUUGUCCUCCAAGAGGCACACAUUCCUGUGGUCAUGCAGCAAGCUGAUAAGGAGAUUGAGAGAUUUGUCACCGAGCUCUGUACAGCAGAUAUAGAGUCAAACUUUGAGCUUGGAUCGCCGUUCCUUAAGUUCUUCCACGUUCAAGGCGCCGACGGAAAGCACUGCCUCGUACUAGGUCUUUCUCAUGCCCUAUAUGAUGGCGUGUCCCUCCCCAGAUUGCUCAAAGACCUGGAGACUCUUUACGCCGGAGGCAAGGUUGUGGACUGUGAGCCAUUCACCUCGUACAUGGCACGAAUUUCCGACAGACGUCUGCAAACCCAGGCAGUCAACUACUGGGGCGAUCUGCUCAAGGGCUCAACACUGUCUGUCAUCGAUGGAUCCUCGGUACAGCCUACAGACAAAGCUAUUUUCCACGAGAAGACAGUCGAAAAAUUCCAGCCCAUCCAGGAGAUUACUACAGCCAACGUGCUCACCGCAGCAUGGGCACUGGUACUCGCCCGUCGUCUAGAAAAUUACGAUGUGACAUUCGGCACGGUGACCUCGGGCCGAACUAUCAACCUAGCAAACGUGGAGAACGUCAUGGGUCCAUGCUACCAACUCACCCCUGUCAGAGUGAAGUUUGAGUCACAGUGGACGGCGAUGGACUUGUUGCGGUUUGUGCAGAAGCAGAGUGCCGAGUCUGCGGCCCACGAUUUCCUCGGAUUUGAGAAGAUCUCGAAGCAGUGCGCGCAGUGGUCACCGGAGGCACGAUCCUUUGACUCGAUUGUUCAUCACCAGGACUGGGAUGACUUCGACGAUUUGCCAUUCGCUGGAUCUUCUUGCAAAGUUGAUAUCUCAACCCCACAUGGCGAUGCUGCUUAUCCCUUGAAGGCUGUCUCGUUUGUGCGUGGUGGGAAGAUGCACGUUGGAUUUGUUGGAAGUGAAAGGGACACGGCAUUUGUGGAUGCUACUCUUAAUGAGUUGGCUGCUGCUGUUCAAGAGCUGUCGGAUUGUCGCCCGGAUCCCCUGGUGCUUGGGACCUGCAUUUGA